GGUCUGUUUUAUGAUGCGCAUGUGUUACAAAACAAACAGAGUGAAAGAGGAAAGGUUAAGCUGAAAGUUAUCUCAGUGAACUAUUAGACGAUGUGAUGAUGCUCAGUGAGUUUUAAAUUUUUGAGUGGAAGGAAGUUGAAGCUCAGCUGGAGAUCUUCCUUCCGUGAUGGCUUCUGCUAAAAAUAUGUUUUGAAAAGCACGUUAUAUUUUGUAUUCUUAGUAUUUGUAUUGAUUGUUCUCUGGAGUAAGCUACUAGAUUGUUGUGAAUACUGAAGAAAGCGGAUGCGGUCUCAGUUUAAAUAUAACCUUAAUCUUUAUAAUUUAAAGGGGGGCGUUGAUGGUGAUCCACAGAAUAGUAUACAGUGCGCCUAUAAAGACUAACAACGUUGAUAUUAAAGGGUAGAUCACGAUUCAGCGCCACCAAAGUGAAAUUGUUGGAAUCUCUACAUGGCACUGAAAUGGCCUCUGAGCUAUUGUACAAAGCGAGUGUUUUGAAAUUGGUCUUUCCGCUGCUUCUCAGUGAUUUUUUUCUUCAUUGUGGAGCGAGCUCCUUACCAGAUUUUGAAACUAUAGAAAGCGAAGUAGCAUGUGACGGAGAACACCUCGUGAUCCAUUGCGCAAACGCAAGCUUGGGGCUGAAUAUUUAUUUUGCACACUAUGGACGAACACAGCCUGGUCGCGUGCUGUGCCCCUACGACGGACACGAUAAUGACACGAAUUACAAGUGGGGCGACGCUGACGUCACAAACAAGUUUAAAGCCCUAUGUGAAAGGAGAAACAAGUGCAGGUUGAAAAUUAAUGCUGGACUCUUCGGAGAUCUUUUCCCGCAGAAGAAGCAUUCGUAUUUGUUUUUGGUUUAUACAUGCGAGCUACCAACAGGAACGGAAACCACAACAACAAGCAUUGUAUCAGCCCCUACCUCUUCAUUGGUCAGUUCCUCAUCGGUAUUGGUAGCAAUAUCUCCAACAGCAACCUCUCUCUCUCCCUCCAGUUCCAUUCCACUGACCCUGCUUUCAAAGACAGUUGGGAAUGUCACGACAACCGUCAGCGCCAACACUGGGGAAGAUACAAUUGUCAUCGACACUCCUUAUGUGGAGCAGGCUGGCUCCUCUUCUGAUUCUAACGUCAGAUCACUUGGGAUUGCAGGUGCACUGUUUGUGUGGCUUUUGUUCGUGCAAAAUCACGGGUCUGACUAUAUAAUAGUGUUUAUCGCCAGCGCUGCUGGUGCACUUGUUCUUGCAAUUAUCGUUGGUAUUUUCAUAUACUAUCGCCACAAUGAAAACAAGCAACAUUUACACGUCAAAGAGUUGCCAAAAUUAAACGCAUAUGGACCGGUUGAACGGAAAACACUGCCGGAAGUUGAUCCAUUCAUACACGGCCCCGUCAAGACCCCGCCUCCUGAUUACAUGAUAGAAGGACACAACUACAACUGGCAGCGUGGUAGAACCUUACCGCAGAAGAAGUCUGAAAAUGGUUCAGUGGUAGGGACAUUCGGCACAAAAGAUGUUCACACAAGAGAUAUGAACGGCGAGAGACAGAAUGAAACUCUCAGAUACCAACGAAGCCCAUAUUCACCUGCCACACCCACGAGAUACGGCAGCUCAAAAAGGUUUAUGGUCCCAGAGUACCCAAGCAACAGAUCACUAGGGAUUGAACGGGAGAAGCCUUCAAACUUCGAUGCCCGCAGAUCGAGGACUGGAGACAGCAGACCUUCCUCAGAGGCUCUUUAUUACUAGCCUCCCUGUAUACUCUUUUACUGAUUAUGAAAAAUGAUGCGUCAGGAAUUCUGUUGAUAACUCAAAAUUAAAUGAUAUCUGAGAAAGCUCAAUCUCUUAAAUUCAAAGCUAGGCUUUAGAAAUUUUCCGAAAACAAC